AUGGGCUUCUACUUGUGGAAGGAGGUCCAGUGGUGCGCUCUGACUCUGGUUCUGUUCCUUCCUGGAUCCGCGCUGCACCUGCUGAGCCUCAAGUGGUUCAAUGACGACGGUGACUCCCCCCUCCUCACCCUCACCCUCACCCACGUCCUGCACCUGGGCAUCCUCAAGAGGUCAGUCUCCCCCUUCUCACCCUCACCCACGUCCUGCACCUGGGCAUCCUCAAGUGGUCAAUCUCCCCCUCCUCACCCACGUCCUGCACCUGGGCAUCCUCAAGUGGUCAAUCUCCCCCUCCUCACCCACGUCCUGCACCUGGGCAUCCUCAAGAGGUCAGUCUCCCCCUCCUCACCCUCAGGAGGUCAGUCUCCCCCCCUCACCCUCAGGAGGUCAGUCUCCCCCUCCUCACCCUCAGGAGGUCAGUCUCCCCCUCCUCACCUUCAGUAUGUCCAGCCUCAGUGCCACAUGAAUAUGUCAUUUGGAAACGAUGCCUAUCAGAUUAAGAUGACCCACGUGACAGCAGAUUGCACUACUCCAGGUUCUGUUGAUCAUUCUGACCAGCCUCAGUGCCACAUGAAUACGUCAUUUGCAAACGAUGCCCCUCAGAAACAGAUGACCCACGUGACAGCAGAUUGCACUACUCCAGGUUCUGUUGAUCAUUCUGACCAGCCUCAGUGCCACAUGAAUACGUCAUUUGCAAACGAUGCCCCUCAGAAACAGAUGACCCACGUGACAGCAGAUUGCACUACUCCAGGUUCUGUUGAUCAUUCUGACCAGCCUCAGUGCCACAUGAAUACGUCAUUUGCAAACGAUGCCCCUCAGAAACAGAUGACCCACGUGACAGCAGAUUGCACUACUCCAGGUUCUGUUGAUCAUUCUGACCAGCCUCAGUGCCACAUGAAUACGUCAUUUGCAAACGAUGCCCCUCAGAAACAGCCUCAGUCCCACAUGAAUACGUCAGUUGGAAACGAUGCCAAUCAGAAACAAAUUCUUGCACAGCACACAUGGGAAGUCGAUUAUGUACCAAAACUGAUAAGGACAAAAAGUGUCAUAAUGAAAGACACAAAUCAUCUUGACUGUGAGUUUUAUGAUUCUACAAUGGAUAGUUCAGACAACUAUGUCCCAGAUACCUCGCUCUGCUCACAGCUGAUGUUGUGUUUGUCUCCCUCUGGUGGCAGGCUCUGGGACUGCGUGCGCUCCGUCCUCCUCAUGCAGGAGUCGGGAGCAGAGCUGGGCGCAGCAGUGAUGCAGCAGGCGGACGUGGCUGCGCUGUGGCUCCUGGAGGCCCUGGUCCUCACCCUCCCACAGAGCCUCCUGCAGGCUUAUGUCCUGGUCUCUACUGAUGUGGGUCUCAUGUCUCCUGUGGCUCUGUUCUGCGGCCUGUGCCUGCUGUCCCUGUCCUGGGCCCUGGUUCUCUUCAGCAGGGCGUGUUGUCUGAUCCGACCCGGGCACCUGGCCAUGCCGCCCGCCGCCCUGCUCUGCCAGCUGCUCUGGAGGUUCGGGAUGAUCGCAGCCAGAGUCACAUGCCUCAUGUUCUUUGCACGGGUCUUCAGGUGGUGGGUCUGCGGCGUGGCAGGCUUCCACUGGCUGACCGCCUCCUUCUGGCUGGUGUCGCAGCAGUCUGACAUCUGCACGGGCCCCUGGUGCUGGAGGGCCUUCAACGCGGUGCUGGGGCUGGUGCACGUCUUCCUCUUCCUCAACGUGAAGGACGGCCCCUCGCGCUUCCGCAUGGCGAGCUUCUACGCCUUCAUGUUGGUGGAGAACAUCACUCUGGUCCUCGCGGCCUUUGACCUCUUCAGUGAAGUGUCCUGGGACAACAUGACCCUCCCCACGGCCGUGCUCAGCAGCUUCCUGAUCGAUUCCAAUGGAAUAACUGGGGAAAUGCCUACCAAAGACCAACGAAACGUCUCUGUCGUGAAGUACCUAAUGAGUGUGUGGAAGCACUCGGAACAGAGGACAUCGCACAAGGGCAAGAAACUAAAGCUGCAGGGGACCAUGAUUACGUUGUGUGUCCUUCUCCUUGUAAACUAG